AUGAGUUUCUUGAAGUACCUGGGGAAACAGUUUUGUCUGACUACACAUUUGCACGGGUAUAAGUUCAUAGCAUUACCGAGAAGAGCGCCAUUGGAGAGAUUCCUAUGGACAGUCAUAGUAGUGUUCUUCUGGAGUUCCGCCCUCUUCAUCCUCAUAUAUGUAAAAUAUAGAACAACUCGAAAAUCAACGAUCCUGGUGACUGAUUCCAUCAAUUACCCUGUUUGGAACUACCCAUUUCCAGCCAUAACAAUUUGUAACUUCAACAAAAUCUCCAAAAUGAGAGCUCACACUCAAGCCGAACAAAUACAACACAAACUGAACCACAGUGUUGAGGAAAUCGCAAAUCUUUUCGCUCUCCUCGGACAGUUAUACUUCUACUCUGAUAACAUCCAGGUGACCAACAAAGAUAGAUACUUACAACUUCUCCAGCUAUUGGAUCACAACAGGGUCAACUUGAACAGAUUGCUGAGAUCAUUAUCGCCUAGCUGUAGCAGCAUUGUAAAGAGAUGUAGAUGGAAAGGGGAGGAUAAGGAUUGUGACACGAUUUUCGAGAAAAUUAUAACUUCAGAGGGACAUUGUUGUUCUUUCAAUUAUUACGCACCAAGAAAUCACAAGUUUGGAGGGUUACUGUACCCUGCAAGAUCACCUCCAAAUCCAAGAAGAGUGUCAGCUUGUGGAUAUUCAUCAGCUUUUGAAGCGUUAGUUUCUACAAAUUCGGAUGAUUACCUAUCAUCUGACAAUCUGGGUUUUGGUAACAAGAUCUUAAUACACAAUUCCUAUGAUUACCCUGAUUGGGGAGACGAGUCUUUUCUGCUGGGAAUGAAAGUUACAGCCCUGCUGGGGGUGAACCCCAGCCGAACGUAUUCGACGGACAAUUUCAGAUCUCUUAGCAUUCGAGAAAGAGCAUGUUACUUCGAAGAUGAGCUGCCGCUGAAGAAUUUCAAACAUUACACUUACCAGAACUGCCUGACUGAGUGUAGAAUGAAUUUAACCCAGUAUUAUUGUGGGUGCAUACCCGUUGUUUAUAUCAAUGAAGACGACCUUAUUGCUCCAAACCAUAAAGUGUGCUCUGUCAGGGACAUCGAGUGUCUUUAUCUUCAUAGACAAUACAUUCGGAGUACCGUUCCUGGUAUCGAAAUUGAGGCAGAAAAUUUCACAGGUUAUGUUUGGGAUUCGACCAACCAACCUUGUCGAUGCUUGCCAGAGUGUUCGUCCACAACGUACGAUUUUCAUUCCUCCUUGUCGUUUUUAGAAACAAAACAUACCCCUUGGACGGAUAAGCGUGGAUUGUAUUAUGGAGUGAAUAUUUCUAAUCACUCUGUAUUGAGAGUAUAUUUUGACGACUUGGUUGGGACAAGAAAUCGUCGGUCGGUAAUUGGAAAUUGGCAGACAUUUCUUGCUUUUUACGGUGGCAUUCUUGGACUUUUCGUAGGAUUCAGCUUCAUUGCAGGGAUUGAACUGAUCUAUUUUUUCACCGUGAAAAUAUUGAUCGAUUCUAGAAAACCAAAGAAAUUCGAGAAGAAGCCCAAGAGAAUCAUUAAACAGUUCUUACAGGACAACGGAAAGUCAAGAAAAAAGGAGAAACUUGAAGAAACGGAGGUUAUGGAUAUGGAAAACGAGGAAAACAAUUCUGCCUAA